UCAUCGCUACCCGCACUCUACCUUGACUAGUGCAUGGCCGAGGCCAUUCGGGACUCUCUUGUGCGAAAGGCCGGAUUGGACGGGUUUGACACGUCAGCGGUGACACCUUCAUCGCCUACAGCCAUGGCAUGGGCAUCGCGCUCGCUCAACAUGUCGCAGCUGCGAUCGCCGAUGCCGCACCCGCCUCCGUCGACGUACGACUCGCCGUCGGCCUCGUCGCCGUUCUUUGCCCGCGAGCCCGAGGUGGCUGAUCCGGGCGCUACAGCGUCGCCGACCCCAUCGCGGGCACGCAAGUUUGUUAUUACACUCGCGCCUGAAGACUCUGGGCCGAUGCCGGCCUCGCCGGGAUUUGCAUCGUACCUGACAGCGACCGGACCACCGCCGGCGUCGCCCCUGUCGGCUGCCGCCCGUGCCGCGCACGAGGGAGCGCGGGCAGCGGCUCGGAUGUCAGCCGCCGAGGCGCUCUCGCCGGUCGUCCUUGCCCGCAUGUCGUCGCUUGAGCGCGAGGUCUCGGCACUUCGCUCGGCCGAUGCCGAGGACAAGGCGCAGACGGCCGCCAAGGCCGAGGCCGCCAAGCUCGAGUCGGAGCUGGCGGGCAAAACCAAGGUAGCGCAGUCGCGGCUGGAAAAGGUGCAUCGGCUCGAGCUGCAGAUCCAGUCGCUCCGCGCGGAGAACCGCCACCUUGACGCGGUCCACCGGUCGGAAAAGUGCCACCUCAACGAACUCGUGGCCGAGCUCCGGACCCAGGUCGGCGACGAGAACGCGCUCCGUGACGAGCUCGCCGACACCAAGCGGCGCGCAGCCGAGGCCGGCGAGCGGCUGCUGGAAAAGGAGGCCGAGGCCGCCGCCCGUUCUGCAGAUCUCAUCCGCGCCCGUGCUGACAACGAUGCGCUGCGCGACGAGCUUGCCCGCGCUCGCGACACUGCGGCCGACCUCCGCACCGAGGUUGCCGCCAUCGAAGGCCAGCUUGCUGCCGGUCGCGAGGCCCAGCGCGAGCUUCGCUUGCUCCGGGUUGCCAAGGACGACGCCUCGAGCGAGGCCGCCGGUCUGCAGACCAUGCUCGAGCGAGCCAACGCCAAGGUAGCUCAGGCUGCCGAGCGCGCGGCAUCGGCGGAGGCUGCGCUCGCCGAAGCCCGCACUGAGAUCGCGUCGCUGCGAACGGCGCUCGACGCUGCGCGGGAACAGCACCGCGCCGACGUCAAGGCCCUCGAAGACGCGCACGCUUCCAAGCUCACCGAUACCCACGAGUCAGCGUCGGGCCGGGUCGCCACCCUCGAGGCGCUGCUGAAGGAGGCACAGGACAAGGCGGCACAAGCGGCUGCCGACCACACGGCCGAGCUCGCAGCGGUCCGUGCCGAAGCGCAGGAGGCCAUCAAGCAAGCCCAAGCCACGCUCCACGCAACCCACGCCGAUCACACCCAGACCAUUGCCGAGCUCCGCGCCGACCACGCGCGGCUAGUCCGCGACAUGACCGACGAGCACUCGACCAAGCUCCAGGAGGCUCUCUCGCACCACACCGGCAAGCUCCACGCCCAUCUCUCCGAGCUGCACUCUGAGGCGUCGGACAAGGCCGCGGCAGCAGCCAACGUGCACAAAAGCCUCAAGGAUGAGGCCGCAGACCUCAUCAACCGCCUCGACGCCGAGAUGGCCCGCAGCGAGCAGCUUGAGGCCCAGCUGGCCGCCGAGCGCGAGUCGGCUGCGGCCCGCGAGGCUCAGCUGGAGGCCCGCAUGGCCCAGCUCGCCGCCACUCACGACGAGGCAGUCGCCACUCGAGUGCCCAGGAGCCAGAUGAACGAGGCGUUGGCAAGCCUUGAGGCAUCCAAUGCUGCGCUCAAGGCGAGCGUGUCGGCUGCCGAGACGCGGGCGACGACCUUGGUCCGCGAGCGCGACGAGCUGCAGUCGCAGCUGGCGCGGGCGGAAGCACGCAUCGCCGCCCUCGCCGCUGGGAACGACCAGGCUGCCGAGCAGGCGCUCGAUGCCGCACGGGCCGCACGCGAGACCAAGCGCAGCCUCAAGGCACGGGUGGCCAAGCUCGAGGCUGCGCUCAAGGCGACGUCGAGCAAGCUGGCAGCGGCGCGCGAGGCGAAAAAGAGCCACUCAGCCGGCGCCCUCGACGAGGCCGAGCGGCUGCGCGGGGUGAUUGCACUCCGCGAGGCCUCGAUCGAGAGCUUGCGGACCAAACUCGCGUCAGAGGCCAAGCUCUUUGCGCAGUUUAAGGAGCAGACGGAUGCCCAGCUCGCCGACGCACAAGCCGAGGCCGACGAGCUGCGCGGACGGCUGGGGACCAAGGCUCGGACGGCGGCCGAGCUUGAGCGGUACGUGGCCCAGACCGAAGACAAGGUCGGCAAGUGGCAGAGCGCACUGGAGAAGAGCCGCGCAAAUCGCGCGCAGCUUGCCGCGCGGGUAGACUCGCUGACCCGCGACCGCGACGAGGCCGCCACCGAGCGCGACCAGCUCAAGUCGCGCAAUGCCAAGCUCACUUCGAUGCUCGCUGUCCUCCGCGAGAGCCAGGGCAGCGCCGAAGACGAGAUCGCCGCCGUCCGCGACGAGACGCGGCGGGUGAGUCGCGAUCUGCGCAGCGCCGAGACGCGCGCCGCCGACGCCGAGGCGCGGGCGGCGGCGGCGGAGCGGACGCUUGCCGAGCUCCGGACGCGAACCGAGGGCGAGAUUGCCGAGCUCCGCCGCGAGGCUGGGGCGGCGCGUGACCAGGUCCAUGCGCUCCGCGACGAGAUGGCCCGCCGGCAGCGGGCGGCGGUCGACGGCCUCCACCACAUCCAAGACGAGAUUGCGCACGUCGAGGUGUAA